AUGGGUGAUCUUCUGGACCGGCCGAGCCCGCUGGCUCAAGACGUGCUUUUGUUAGUUCUCGCGGCGCCGGAGAACACGGCUUGGAAACGCCGGGUCUUGGAGCGCUUCCCCGGUCUCGAGAUUCGUUGGGUGAACAGCAGCAAGCCCGGCGGCGGCUACAUCGUGCCGGACGAAGUCCCGGACGAGAUUUGGGAUGGCGUGACGAUCUUCUUCUCGUACAUACCUGCGUCAGCGCAGCGCAUGUCGAAGGUCCGCUUCGUGCAGGCGUCAUCUGCUGGGGUCGACCUGUGGGUGGGCCAUGAACUCUACAAAAACCCAAAUGUCUCAUUUUGCACGACGAAUGGAUGCCAAUCACCACAAAUUGCUGAAUGGGUCAUUGGCACCUGGCUGUCCAGCCAGCAUCACUUCCAGCGAUAUGCUGAUAACAUGAAGGAAGGUUUCUGGGAAGGGGCAGAGGCUGUGGAUAUUGAAGACUCGGUCGGUCUCCGGAUGGGCAUAUUGGGCUAUGGUGCGAUUGGCCGUCAGUGUGGCAAGAUCGCGCAGGCAAUAGGGAUGGAGGUCUAUGCGUACACGAGAAGCGACCGGUCGACGCCCGAGUCCCGCAGGGACGACAGCUACUGCAUCCCCGGCACCGGAGACCCGGAAGGGCUCAUCCCGGCCAAGUGGUUCCACGGCUCGUCCAAAGAGUCCCUCAACAACUUCCUGAGCCAGGGCUUCGACAUCCUGGUCCUGUGCCUGCCGCUAACAAGAGAGACCAAGGGUUUCUUUGGCAAAGAGCAGUUCGACAUCUUGUCCAAGCGCAAGACGUUCGUCUCGAAUAUUGCCCGCGGUGGGUUGGUCCAGAACGACGCCUUUGUUGAGGCCCUCGAAACAGGGAAGAUCCGGGCCGCCGCGGUAGACGUGACGGACCCGGAACCGCUCCCGAAAGACCACCCACUGUGGAAGGCUCCGAAUGUCUUCAUCACACCCCAUGUCAGCUGGAGGACCAAGGGGCAUUUCGAGCGAGUCUUGGGUCUGUUAGAGGCGAAUUUGGAACGGUUGCACAGUGGGAAGCCUCUUAUCAAUGUUGUUAACAGGGACUUGCACUAUUAA